AUGCUGGCCACCGACACGCCGCCUCCCUUUGCUGGACUUACUCCCGCCCCGACGCCGCCGCCCCCAGGUUCUGCUCCUACAGGCCGCAAGCGCAAACAAGCGCCCGCGCAAGCAAGCACCAGCACGGCCUCUACUCCUCCCCCAGAGGGUAGCACCCCUGCGCCAACCACCACCAUCAUCUCCGACCGAUCCGACCUCUCCACACGUGAACGUCGCACCAUCUCGCGCUACCCGAUUUUCCUUCCAGCCCUGAACCAGCCCUUGGCAUCCACGUCCACCCCGCGCUCGCGCUCCCCCUCCUCCAGCUCCGCUGACCCAGACGAUGACCCGCUUUUCUAUACCACCGACGGCAUCCCUCACAACUCCCUUCGCUUCCGAUACUACCCCGCCGGUGUCAACUCGCCCGGCGCCAUCCUCACCUGCCGCACCAUUGAAUCCCUCCCCUGCUCCUACCGCAUCUCAUGGGAGGACCGCUCUCCCUUCCUCAAAGUCUCGCGCUCCGGCCUGCGCCUCCUCGGCGACAAAGGCUUCCGCUCCGCGCGGGGCAACGCGCCCGUUCGCGAGGGCCGCUGGUACUUUGAGGUCAAGAUCGAGAAGGGCGGUGGUGAACCCGGCGCGCGUGCAGAGGGCGCACACGUCCGCCUCGGCUGGAGCCGACGUGAGGCGCCGCUCAACGCGCCCGUCGGCGUCGACGGCUACUCGUACGCCUACCGUGACAAGACGGGCGAGAAGGUGACCCUCUCCCGCCCGCGCCCAUAUGGCGCGCCCUUCCGCUCCGGCGACACCGUCGGGAUGUACAUCGCGCUCCCGCCGCGGCGCACGCCUGGUACAGUCCGGACGCGCGGCGGGAAGGAGGUUCCUGACCCGCACGACCCGGCGAACAUCCGCCGCAACCGCAUCCCAAUCGACUUCAAGGGCCAGGAGUACUUCGAGACGCUCGAGUACCAGGCGUCGAAAGAAAUGAUUUCGCUCAUGGAGGCGCAAUCCGCCAAGCCAUCCGCCUCCGCGUCGCUCCCCUCCGCGCCAUCCAAGAAGUCAGGCGCGACCGUCAAGAAUAUGUCGAACGCACGUGCUGCUGCUGCAUCUGCUAAGAAAGCGCAGCCCGAGCUGCGCCCGCUCCCAACGCUCGGCCCGGACUCCUGCCUUGCCUUCUUCGUGAAUGGCGUGUGUCAGGGCGUAGCGUUCCGCGACCUGUACGACUACUUACCGCUCCGUGCCCCGAACGACGCCGCCGCGGCACAGCGUCACAGGAAGAAGCGAGACGGCGGCACGCAUCACGAGCACGCUCCCAAUCCGUUCGACGACGGCACGCUUGGAUACUACCCGACUCUGUCGCUGUUCAACGAUGCCCGGGUGCGGUUGAACCCCGGUCCGGACUUUGAGUAUCCUCCACCGGAUGAUGUCGAUGCCGUGCUCGCCGAGCACGAGCGGAAACGACAAGGGGAGGGGGAGGACGACAAGUCGCAGCUGAAGAUGGACGUGGACGCGGACAUCAAGCCUUCCACGCAGCGCACCUGGCGCCCGCUCUGCGAGCGUUAUCCCGAGUACAUGGCCGAACAAUGGGCCCUCGACGACGAAGAGGAAGCACGCGCG